AUGCAGUUGAGCAAGUCUCUGGAUGAUCUGAAGCGGAGCGGGAUUCCAAAGCUUACGACAUUCGUUAAAGAGCUGCAGUUAGCAAAGUCUUUGCAUGUUCUAGAUCUGAGUGAUUCCCCAAAUAUUGUAAAGAUGCGUGAAGGAUUUACCUGUUUCUCGUCAUUGGAAGUGCUAGAUUUAAGCAAAUGUUCCAAGUUGGCUUGCCUUCCCGAAAGCAUAGGCGAACUAAAGUCUUUGUACCGACUGAGCAUGAGGGGCUGUUCAGAGCUCGGGGAACUACCGAAAUCAAUGGGUAACCUAUCUUCUUUGCUAGAGCUGGAUUGUACAGAAUGUAUUGAGUUGAAGGUCGUUCCAGAUAGUUUCACUCAGCUAAAGUCUCUUUGUCGUCUUCAGUUAAGAAAUUGCUCAAUGCUGAAUUCUUUGCCUGAAAGCUUUGGAAACUUGUCUUCUCUGGAAUAUCUAGAUUUGACCCGUUGUACUCAGCUAUCAGAGCUUCCAAAGAGCUUCCACAAACUUAGUUCCCUAUCUCUUCUCCAUUUAAAAGAUUGUUCAGGCUUACUUGAAUUGCCAGUAAACUUUGCUAACUUGUCUUCUUUGAAAGAACUGGACUUAUCAGGUGACUUUAAAUUAGAAAGCCUUGACAAGAAAUUAGAAAGUUCUGAUAAAAAUUCAGAAAGCUCUGAAAGAAGUUUUGGGAAACUCCAGUCACUGUGUUACCUGUGCUUACAAGGUUGUUCAAAUCUCACCAAGAAAUUAGAAAGUUCUGAUAAAAAUUCAGAAAGCUCUGAAAGAAGUUUUGGGAAACUCCAGUCACUGUGUUACCUGUGCUUAAAAGGUUGUUCAAAUCUCACCUUGUUGUCAGAAAAUUUUUCUGAGCUAUCUGAUUUGGAGGAGCUUGAUUUAACUGGCUGUGAUAAGUUGGCAAGACUCCCAGGAAACUUUGGCCAUUUCAAAUGCUUGCGUAUUUUGAAAUUAAGCUGCUCAAGGCUUACAAAAUUACCCGUGUCCAUAGGCUUCAUGUUUUCACUUCAGCAGUUGAGUUUAACAGGCUGUCAAAAUUUGGCGAGACUUCCAGAUAGUGUCUGCGAACUUAAGUCUCUAUCCCACCUUCUGUUGGCAAGCUGUCCAGAGCUCACUGAACUGCCUUUAGGCUUUGACAAACUAUCUUCGUUGGAAGAGCUUGAGAUAACAGUUUGCAGCAAAUUGAAGUCACUUCCAAUUGACCAGCCUCCGUCUUUACGUGUUCUGAAAUUAAGAGGUUGUUCACAAUUCAAAGAAUUACACAUAAAUAUUGGCAAGCUGCUUUUAAAAGAGUUGGUUCUAACAGGUUGCAAAGUUUUGGAAACGCUUCCAAAGAGCUUCAGUGAAACUAAGUCUCUACGCCACCUGCGAUUAAGAGGAGCUUCAAAACUCACUAGCUUUCCAGAGAACAUACCCUCUUCUAUUGAGACAUUGGAUUUAGGUGACUGCUCAAGUUUAAAGGUGCAUCCGCAAGGAAUAGGACUUUACAGUUCUCUCAAGUUGUUGUUUUUGGAUAAAUGUUCCAAGUUGUCUCAGCUACCUGACGACUUUGGACUGCUGAAUUCAUUGAGAUAUCUAAGCAUAGCAGGUUGCACAGAGCUCGAGAGGUUUCCUGAUUCUCUUAAGAACAUGCCCAAUUUGGUAGCAGUUGACGCAUCAGGGUGCCCUCGAUUGCAGGGAGAGACAAUGGACAGGCUGGCGGAGCUGCGAUGCUUGUAUUUCGUCGAUGUGAGGGGAAGCAACUUCUUGAUAGAGCAGUGGAAAGAAAGAAGAGAACUCCACCAUCAGCUUGUUGUACGGUUGCAAAUGGAUGAAGAAGAAGCCAUGUACGCAGACACGAUCAUCUCCUGUCUGUCUUCAAUCAGCGCCAUCGUGACAGAAAAAGUCGCUUUGGUCGUAACGUGCUCCUCAGAUAGCCAGGGAUUACAAGUAGUAGAUAAAAAAAUUGGUGAGCUUUAUGAGCAAGGUUUCCGUACCUGUUCCAUCCAUAUGACUGAUAGCAGGGAAAUGUGUUCCAAGAUGAAAUCUCGGAAUCUACUGUGUUUCGCUAUGCUGAGGUGGUUGAAGAAGCAGCACCCUCAAACGUUCGCCUCUCUGGAGAUUUUGCACACGUUGAUUGUAACAGUAGAUGUGAGCAUGACAGACAAGGAGGGCAAACAAGAGACUGUAAACAUGAAGGUAGAAUUACCUGCAGUUGAAGAUGGAGAUUUGCAAGCACUCACAGAUAUCCACGGCGGCCUGGGAAGGUUUUGCCCUUCUCUUUUAGGCAUAGUUGCUGACAGUGAUUUGCAAGCAGUUCCAGAUAUCCACGGCGGCGUGGGAAGGUUUAACCCUCCUCCCCCUUUAGGAGGAAUCGCUAACAACUUUCCCAAAUAA